AUAAAAAAAAUAUAAUAAAUUCUAAUGACUAUAUGAUUACACAAAAAAAUAUUGAAAAAUUAUAUUCAAAUCCUAUAAAUGAUCUUACAAAUAUUUAUAUACUUGUAAAUAGAGAAUUUAACAAACAAUGUAUAUUCUAUACAUAUACAAACUUAACAGAAAUGAAAAUAAAAUGUAUCAUUGAAGUCACAUGGCCUCGCAAAGCAUGUUUUUCCAGUAUAGCAUUACAAAAAAAAGUAGCUACUAAGAAUGCAGCAUUACAAUGUUUAAAUUGGUUAUAUGAAUGUAACAAGAUCAAAGGAUUGAAACCUAUAUUAUAUGAUCCUCAAAAUAUGAAUAAUUUAUUAAAUUCUCAAAAAUAUCUUAAUAUUGAUCUUAUAUCAGAUUUAAAAAUUGAAAUACAAUCUCUAAUUGAUAAUUUUGAUAAUGAAAUAAAAUCUAUAACAACAAUGCCAUGUACUAAAAAUAAUAGAGAAGAUAAUUUGGAAGAAAUAGUGAAUGAAAAAGAAGAUAAUUUAAAUGCCAAUUUGUUAGAUUUCAAUCAAAUAUAUUAUAAUCGACUUAAAAAUUCUAAACAAAAGAUGAAUCAAAAUCAAAAUUUGCCUGUUAUUGAUUAUAAGGAAGAAAUUCUUAAUAGUUUACAAAAUAAUCAAGUUCUAGUGAUUAAAGGAGAUACUGGAUGUGGUAAAAGUACUCAAAUUCCACAAUUUAUAUUAGAUGCAUGUAAAGAACAAAAUAAAAUAUGUAAUAUAAUUGUGGUUGAACCUCGUAGAAUAUCAACUGUCUCUUUGGCUUAUCGUAUUGCACAGGAAAGAGGUGAAAAUAUAGGCAAUACAAUAGGUUAUCAUAUACGAUUUGAAAAAAAAGAACCAAAAGAUGAAUAUGGUUCAAUUUUAUAUUGCACAAUUGGUAUAUUUUUGCAAAAAUUAAAGCAUAAGGAUUUAAAAGGAAUAUCACAUAUAAUUAUAGAUGAAGCUCAUGAAAGAAAUUUACAAAUUGAUAUAAUAUUGAAAUCACUUAAAGAUAUAUUGAAACAUAAUUCACAUAUAAAACUUGUAAUUAUGUCUGCAACUAUAAAUGCAGAAAUAUUUCAACAAUAUUUUUCCUCUGCACUUAUUAAUAUUCCUGGAAAAUUAUAUGAUGUAAAAAUGCAUUUUAUUGACGACAUUCAUUUUUUAUUCAAGGAUAAUUUAUUAGAUUUAAAUAUGAAAAAAGAAAUUCCUUUUGACAAAAUAGUAAAUUUAAUAGCAUGGAUUAUUAAAAAUAAACCACGUGGAGCUAUUUUAUGUUUUCUCCCAGGUUGGCAAGAAAUUAAGUAUUUGCAUGAUAUGCUUCAAGAAACAAAAAUGAAUGAUUUAUUAAUACUACCUCUUCAUUCUAAAAUACCUAUGCAUAUUCAAAAAAAUGUUUUUAAAGAAGUUCCUAAUAAUAAUGUUACAAAGAUUAUUUUAGCUACAGAUAUAGCUGAAACUGGUAUUACAAUAAAAGAUAUAAGAUAUGUUAUAGAUACUGCUAUUAAAAGAGACACACAAUGGAAUGAAAAUAAAUCUUUAUUUAAUUUAAAUUUUAAUCACAUAUCACAAGCUAAUAUUUUACAGAGGAAAGGAAGAGCUGGACGUGUACAAUCUGGUGAAAGUUAUCAUUUAAUUACUCGAAGUGAAUACGAUAAAUUAGAUUUAUAUCCAAAACCAGAGAUACUUAAAGCCCCAUUGGAUCAGGCAAUUAUUAUGUGUAAAAUAUUAAGUGAUGAGAAAAUAUAUGAUUUUUUUAACGAUAUGAUUGAUUCACCUAAUAAAAAUACAAUAAUUUCUACUGUGAAUACUUUAAAAAAUCUUGGUAUUCUCGAUGAUGACGAAAAUCUUACAAAUUUAGGAAAAUAUAUUUCAUAUAUUUCAUUAACUCCAAAACUAAGUAAAGCAAUAAUAUUGUCUUGCAUUUUUCAAUGUUUAAAUCCUAUAGUAUUUAUUGUUACAGCAUUUUCUACCAUUAGUCACAGUGUUUCAUUAGAUGAAAUAUCAAAUAUACGUACAAUUUCUAAGAACAAUAAAUUGAAGUAUCAUAAAACGAGUGAUCAUAUAGCUGUAUUAGAAUAUUUUAAUAAUUUAAAAAAAGAUAAUUUAUUUUCUUCUAUUUUUAAUAGUGAUACUAAAAACUUUAAUAAUCAUGAAACAAUAAAAUUUGUGCAAAGAUUAUGCAUAGUACAUAUAAAUGAACUUAUAAACAGUAAAAUGAUUUCAUUUUUGUGUGAUUUUAAUUAUUUAAAUAAAAAUUCUAAAAAUAAUGAAUUAAUUCGAGCGGUUUUAUUUUCCGCUACAAAUAAUUUGAUAAAAAGAAAUGCUUAUGGUUAUAAAAAAACCUAUUUUACACAUCAAGCAAAUAAUCUAAUAAUAGAGAAUAAUGACAUGGUUAAACUUAAGGCUGAAAGUGUAAAUUAUAAUCAAAAAAAAUGGCCAAGUGAUUUAUUAACUUAUAUUGAUAAGAUGGAUUAUGCUAUGAGAUAUUCUUGUUUGAUUUCUGACACGAGUAUGAUAUCACCAUUAUCAGUUCUAUUAUUUAGUACUGCUGAUGUUCAAUGUGAAAAAAUACAAGAUUCUUUUACAAAAAAAGAAAAAAUUAUUAUUACUAUAAAUGAUAUAAAGAAUAUAAAUUUCAUUUGUGAACUAGAGACUGCAGAUCUAUUAUUAAAAUUACGAAAUAUAUUAUGGAAUGUUGUAAAUUAUAUAAUUGAAUAUGAAAAUAGAGAUGAAGGAAAUAAUUUAAAAUCAGUUAAAUUAUUCAAAGAGCAUCUAAUGGAUUUAAUUUUAAAAAUAUUGACAGAAUCGUCAAGAGAUAUUGAUGAAUUUGAUGAUAAAAAUAAAGAUAUUAUUGAGCAAUGAAAAAAUUUAAAUUAAUAAAAAUCAAUAGAUAUUU